AUGUUGAACGAUGUUAAGGACUUUUCCCUCCAUCGGUUAUGUCCAGAACGCUCGGUGGUCGAGCAGAUAUUGGAGGUGCAAGACUUUGAAGAAGCCAAACUCAAGUCGUUCGGUUGGAUGGCAAGGCUGAUAUGUUUGACUACACACAAAACACCGACAUCAGCCACGGCAGGAAUCUCUAGGAAGUACAUGUCCAAAUGCUUCGUCCUACAUGAGGUAGAAGCGGAUUUGUUCGACGAGCAGCAGUUCCAAUACGUUACUAUCUCCUAUCCCUGGCAUCCUGCACCAUACGAAUCUGGCAAGUAUGGAAGCUUCAGGAUUAAGAAGCUUAAUGGGACACAAUCCUACGUCGCGCUGUUCAUUAUGUGCGAUAUCAUCACCUGA